GUGCAUUGAAAUAAAUGGUCUGAUAGCUUGACUGCUUUUCAGAAACAGUCUGAUAGCUUGACUCCAGUCAAAACCACCACAUGGGAGGUGUCUUUGUGCGUUUAGCCCCGCCCACAACACAUCUGCGUUGCAGCCCAGUAGACGUGGGGGAGUGGAGGCCCAGAACACUAGGUGGGUGGGAGUGGGGAGCGAGCGCUGCUGCAGGGAGACUGGUGCAAGUGCACAGGACAGAGCUGCUGUAGGAGUACAGUGAGGAAUUGGAAGGCAUCAUAAUGUGACUUCUCAACAGCUGAGAGGUCCAAAGGGGGCAUCACGCAUUGGGCAUUGCUGAGGACUAACCUCAUGGACACUAGAAUCCUUGCAUGACACGCAUCGCUAUGGCUGCCCAGUCCAGCUUGUACAAUGAAGAAAGGAAUCUGCUUCGACUCAGAGAACGAGAAAGACGAAAUCAAGAAGUUCAUCAGGAGAAGGAAACUUUCAUUGACUGUGCUCCCCUGUUUCCCGAACCCUACAAGACAAGCAAAGGAGAUGAGUUAUCAAGUCGAAUUCAAAGCAUGCUUGGUAAUUAUGAAGAAGUAGAGGAGCCAAUUGGUGCAAACGGCAAUAUACAUAUAUCUGAUAUUUCCAAAAGUGGUGUAGCGGUUUCCACACUGCAGAAGACUGAGCGACAGAGAGUAGGGCCUCCUAUUUCCUCUACUGCUGUAUCUUCUAGACACCACCAAAGGCCUCAAACAGACAAUGACAUCCCUUCUUGGCAGCUAAUUAAAAGCCACAGUUCAGUUCGAAGUCACACACAGGAUCUCAUACCUUUUGAGCAGCGCAGCAGAACCAAGACAAAGAAUAAGAAUGGUAAGAGACUUAAGGAAUAUGACUGUACUGAACAAUCGUCCUCUCCUUCCUCGAUUUCUGCCCUUUCUCCUCUUCUUUCCUCCUUGUCUUCUCCCAUCAAGCCCUUGUCCCCAUUACAUUCCACCCAACAAACUGAUUCCAAGCCACAAACUGACGAGACCGAGGAUAAAGCUUACCGCCAUGCUACUCCAGUCCACAAUGACACAGGGAACAGGGAUGGUCCUGCAUCUGUUACAAAUCUGAUAACUGCCACUCAAACCUUUCCAUCAUCCAUGUCUUCAAAAGCUAGUGCUAUGCCUCAAAAACCUACAGCUUAUGUGCGCCCAAUGGAUGGACAAGAUCAGGUUCUUAGUGAGUCUCCAUAUAUAAAACCUUUGCAAGAAGACUAUUAUGAAGAGUCUUAUGGAAACCUUACAGAUGAGAAAUUAUCGAAGUUGGAAAAUCCUUCUGAAACAUUUGAUACCCUUUCCAAUGAAGCCCAAUGUGUUGAAGAGAUACUUAAGGAAAUGACCCAUUCAUGGCCUCCACCACUUACAGCUAUUCAUACACCCAGCACUUCUGAACCUUCCAAAUUCUCAUUUCCCUCAAAGGAAAAUCAACGUGUUCCAUCUGUCAAAGGGAACCAGAAACAGUAUGACACCUCUUCAAAGCAAUUGCCAAGUCCACAGCAGGGAACAUCCAUGCUGGAAGAUGACCUCCAACUCAGUGAUAGUGAUAACAGUAAUGAAGAUGAGGUCUGCGAAAAGCCAUCGUCUUCUGCUCCACCAAGUGUCCUGCAGUCCCAGACCAACAGUGUGGUUUCAGCACAUUCCAGCAGUGUAGAAUCAGAAAGCAGCGAGUCAGACAGCUCGUCAGAUUCUGGGAGCGAAGACAUCUCAAGUGACAACGAAGUGAUUGAGCCUCCAAGAGUGCCUACUCCAGAGCCAGAUCCUGAUAUAUGGCAGUUACGCCAUUAUAUGAAUAAAGUUGGACAGUCUGCAGCACCAGUUGAAAACCAUAACCUUGUGGACCAGGAACUAUCAAGUCAGUGGGAGAGUAAAACACAAGGAAGUAUUCCCCCCUCUCCUCAUGAGUCCCCAAAGAAUUUAGAAACAUCCCACAAAACAUCACCAUGGACUUCUCCAGAACAAGUUCAGAAUAAAGAAGACUGCCCAGAGUCUCCUGUGGUCAGUAAAACUGUUACUCCAAGGCAGACAGCUGGCAUAAAACAGCCAAGCAAGUCUUUCAAAUCUUUGGGGCCAGAAGAGCCAAAUGUGGGACUUAAAGUAGAAAGUGAACCUUACAGGCCUAGAGAUCAGCCUUCCAAAGAGAAGCCAUCUGUGAAAACGAAAGAUAAAAUAGAAUUAAAUGUUUGUAAGGACACAAAAGCAAGCAUUGCACAAACCAGUGAAAAAAAGAAGCACAAGAGUUCUCAUCAUGUUAGUAGCAGCAAAAAGUGUUCAAAUAGUCUUUCAGAAAAGAGCCAUUCAACCCAUUCACUCCCACAAUGCUCCCACAAUGCUCUCUCAGUGACUUCUGUGAAGGUGCAGAGCAAAGCCAAUAAUAGGACGCAUCUUUCUCACCCAGCAGUUGUUGUACGUGAGAAUUUACACAAAGACAAAGUGUUAUUACCCAUUGGAGACAAUAGACUACCACCACUUACUAACAACCACAAAACGUGUUCCCUUGUUGUUAAAAUUGAGCUAUCACUACUUUCAAAUGUCCCAGGGGUUGCUAUAAAAGCAAACCAGCUUAAAAGUAAGAAGGAAAGCUGCAAAGAAACAACUUCUUUGAGAAAAGAAGAGUCACAGAAGAAACACUCUAAAAAUCACAGCAAAGAGCAUACAAAGAGAAAGGUGGAAGAAGGAGAAAGAAAUGUAACACACAAGAAAAUCAAGUUGGAAACAGAAACACAAUCAAAUUCUAGUCAUAAACAGCUGCCUACGAAAAAAGCACUUAAGGAAUCCUCUGAAAGUUUUUCCAAAAAGCAUCGGCAAGAGAAACCAAUGUCUCCCACAGAGCACACACAGAAGAAACCAGAGAAGCUGCCACAAAAGAGGCAUCCUAGUGAAAAUACCACCUGCAGCCAACUGUCCACAACAACGAGCAAAAGCAACCAAAAAGAGCCUUCCUCUUCUAAGCACAGGAAAUUGGAGGAAAAGCUCUCUCAUCAUGUGAAAACUAGCAAGGGGUCUGCAGAAAAUAACACAAAUCCUUUCCCAGUGCCUUCUUUGCCAAAUGGUAAUGCCAAGCCAACAAGACCACAGCUCAAGUUUGAAGAAAAGUUACUUUCACCAGAACAUUACAUGAAGGAGGCCAAGAAACUAAAACACAAAGCUGAUGCCAUGUCGGACAAGAUCGGAAAGUCGUUCAACUAUUUGGAUGCUGCCAUGUUUUUCAUUGAAUGUGGUAUUGCAAUGGAGGCUGAUGUACAGGCCCCAAAGUCAGCCUACACCAUGAUUGCUGAAACUGUUGAUCUCAUUAAAUUUAUAUUAAAGUUGAAGAACUUCACUGACUCCUCUGCACCUGCAUAUGAAAAGUCCUUUGCUGUUUUAUGUAUGCGUUGCCAGUCCGUUCUUUAUAUGGCAAUGUUUCGAUACAAAAAAGACACUGCAAUAAAGUAUUCUCGCACUCUUGGAGAACACUUCAAGAGUUCUUCCAGAGCUGCACAAGUACCUUCUCCAUGUGUCACAAGCACUGGUACACCGUCCCCUCUGUCUCCUACUCCUUCUCCUGCCAGCUCUGGAGGAUCUCAGCCAGGGUCCAUUGCUAGCAACAGUGGGAGCUCUUCAGUUGCCAUUCCACAGAUGAUCCAUCACAUAGCAUCAUCUUAUGUCAACAUAACCUCAUAUUUCCUGUAUGCAUAUGAUAUCUGGGAACAGGCUGAUCUCCUAGCAAAGAAACAUAAAGAAUUCUUUGCAGAUCUAAGUACAGUGGUUUGCCCUCUGGCUCUCAACAGCCCUAUGGAUAAGCUGGUACAUUACACUAGACAGGGAUUACAGUGGCUGAGACUGGAGACCAGCUUGACUUAAAUGGUCCUGUGGACCUGCUCUGUGAAUUCUCUGUACUUCAAAAGUUCAGAGCCUGUGACUGGGCACAUCAAUUCUAUUAAUAAACACAUCAUGGAAACUGGUUGUACUGAAAGCUUUCUGGACAACAUAUAUCACAGGAAUGAGAUGAAGGAGACCACUGCAUAAAAUAUUAUUUUCCUUGACAGAUAUUAUGAAAUGUAUUAUUGAAGUAAAUAGACAUGUAAAUGGUCAUUAAACAUUU